AUGUAUUUAACUCCUGGUAUUACAGCACAAGAGUAUGCGGACCGCAGAGCCAAGCUGGCGCAAAGCCUGCCUGACAAUGGCGUUGCCGUUCUCGCUGCGGCCGAGCUGAAGUACCGCUCCGGGGCCGUCUUCUACCCCUAUCGGCAGGAGUCCAACUUUCUCUAUCUGACUGGCUUCAAUGAGCCCGACUCAAUGGCAGUUAUAAGGAGAACAGGCGACAAACUCGGGGACUAUGUGUUUCAUCUGUUCGUGCGGCCGAAGGAUCCAAAAGCCGAGCAGUGGUCAGGGCCCUGGAGCGGGCUGCAGGCGGCGCAGGACGUCUUCAACGCGGACGAGACCGGCGACAUCAACAAGAUCGAGUCUCUCCUACCGCCGCUCCUGCGCAGCGCAAGCAAGAUCUACACGGACGUCGAGCUCAGCCGCGCAGGGCAGCCGACCAAGUUCGCAAACAUGGUGCGCAGCGUCAACCGGAGCCUAUCAUCAGCGCCCCUGCAGCCCAUCAUGAACAACCUGCGAGUGAUCAAGUCCAAGGCGGAGAUCGCCAACAUGCGGCUCGCCGGCCAGAUCUCCGGGCGGUGCAUCACGGCGGCCAUGCGCCGGCCCUGGGACACGGAGAAGGACCUGCAGGCGUUCCUGGACUACACCUUCACGGCGAACGGGUGCGAAGGGCCGGCGUACGUGCCCGUCGUGGCGGGCGGCUCGCGCGCCAACAUGAUCCACUACGUGCACAACAACGCGGCGCUCGACCCGGCGCAACUGGUGCUGGUCGACGCGGGCGGCGAGUACGGCACGUACAUUGCCGACAUCACGCGGACGUGGCCGGUGAGCGGCAAGUUCUCGGCCGCGCAGCGCGACCUGUACGAGGCGGUGCUGCGGGUGCAGCGCACGGGCGUGGCGCUGUGUCGCGAGAGCGCCGGCAUGACGCUCGACGGCAUCCACCGCGUGACGGAGAACACGCUGCGCGACCAGCUCAGGGACCUCGGCUUCGACAUGGGCCGCGCCGGCGCGCUCGACGAGCUGUUCCCGCACCACGUCGGCCACUACAUCGGGCUGGACGUGCACGACUGCCCCGGGUACGGGCGCCACGUCGCCCUCAAGGCGGGCCACUGCGUCACCAUCGAGCCGGGGGUGUAUGUUCCUGAUGACGAGCGGUUCCCCGCGCACUUCCGCGGCAUGGGCAUUCGUAUCGAGGACAGCGUCUGUGUGGACGAUGACUCGCCUCUUGUCCUGACCACCGAGGCUGUCAAGGAGGUUGUAGAUAUUGAGGCUCUACGGGGCUGA